CACACACAGAGCGGGAAUAUGGAGCGGGAAACAAGAGAGGAGGGCCGAAAGAAAGGGCGAAGAAGGCGGAGACGAAAAACUCAAAAGGAUUGAAACAUGGCUCUGCCCUCUUCUGACAUGUGGAUCGGGACUCAAGUGGGGAACCUACCAGGAGGAAUGUAUCAAGAUUCUCUUCUAUGGAAGGCUGUCUCCUCCUUUUCCUUCCUUCGUCUCCUUGGGAGGGCUCCUCAGCAUGCGCACGGCGGGGUCGGCGGCUUCGGGGACGGGCGCCGGCGGGAGCGCGGGGAAGCCGCAGCAGCCGCCGCAGCAGCCGCCGCAGCCGCCCAGCAGCGGCGAGGAUGAGCGCUUCAGCGUUCUGAGCUGGGAGCAGGUGCAGCGCCUGGACCACAUCCUCGAAGAGGCCGUGCCCAUCCACGGCCGAGGCAACUUCCCGACCCUGUCGGUGCGGCCGCGCAGGAUCGUGCAGGUAGUCCGUAGCCGUCUAGAAAAACAAGGUAUCCCUGUCCACAACGUGAGACUGAAUGGCUCUGCUGCAAGCCAUGUGCUACAUCAGGACAGUGGCCUGGGGUACAAGGAUCUGGAUCUCAUUUUUGGUGUAGACCUGAAAAGUGAGGAUGUCUUCCAGCUGGUGAAAGAUGUAGUGAUGGAUUGUCUCCUGGACUUCCUCCCAGAAGGGGUAAACAAAGACAAGAUCACUCCCAUGACUCUGAAAGAGGCCUAUGUGCAGAAACUGGUGAAAGUGUGCAAUGAAACAGACCGUUGGAGUCUUAUAUCACUGUCCAACAACAGUGGGAAGAAUGUGGAACUCAAAUUUGUAGACUCUCUUCGGCGGCAGUUUGAGUUCAGUGUAGAUUCUUUUCAGAUAAUAUUGGACUCACUGUUGCUCUUUGGAGAGUGUUCAGAGAACCCAAUGUCUGCAAACUUCCACCCUACUGUCACCGGAGAGAGUAUGUAUGGGGACUUUGAGGAAGCGAUGGACCACCUGAGGAACCGGAUCAUCGCCACCAGGAAUCCAGAGGAGAUCAGAGGUGGUGGGCUUCUGAAGUACUGCAACCUCCUUGUAAGGGGAUUUAAGCCCAGAUCAGAUGUGGACAUGAAGGCGCUACAGAGAUACAUGUGCUCCAGGUUUUUUAUAGACUUUCCUGACAUUGGGGAGCAGCAGCGGAAGCUGGAGUCUUACCUUCAGAGCCACUUUGUUGGGAUGGAAAGUAAAAGGUACGAUUGCCUGAUGACCCUUCACAGAGUGGUAAAUGAGAGUACAGUGUGCUUGAUGGGACAUGAAAGGCGGCAGACGCUGAACCUUAUAGCCAUGUUGGCUGUGAGGGUCUUGGCCGAACAGAACAUCAUCCCGACUGUCACAAAUGUGACCUGUUACUACCAGCCGGCACCAUACGUCAGCGAAAUCAAUGUCAACUAUUAUGUCACCCACAUGCAACCUCUUCUGCCGUGCAGUCACUCCUACCCAACUUGGCUCCCCUGCAACUGAGCGCUGGAAUGGCUCCAGUCCUUGUCCUCUGGGGAGCAGAGGUUGUGCGCUCAGAAUAAGAAAUGUUCUUGAGUGUGUUGCUCCUACAUUGGAACUAAGUCUGCUGUAUAUUGUGGGAAAUUGUGCAGUGUUAUGAGUAGUUACCAGAAAUGUUUACAGUAGAAAAUGCUUGAGUUAUGUAUGGGGUGGGUGGAUAGGAUUAGGUUCAAGGUAGAGCUGCACUACCUGAGAUGCAAGCUGAUUUUUUUCUUUUUUUAGUACAAGAAGCAUUAAGGGCUGUGCAGACUGUUUCUGAAGAUAUGCCAAAGUGUCCGAUUCCUUUUUAAGGGACCAAAGAAAUCCUAUUCAAGUGCCUGCAACCAAAAAAAAAAAAAGUACUGUAACCUUAUUAUUUUGUAAGGGCAGAACUCCCUAUCGGUGGUAGUUUGGGAUGUCUGCAAGUUGGGUCAUCCAGUCAUUUCCGUCACGGGAUCAGGAUGGGCAGGAGCUUGCAAGAACAGUAGCUGUGCUGUGACUUGCUUUCUGAUGGACCAGCAGUAUUGAUUAGCAGCCAAAUGGUGGGGGUGGGGGAAUAGGACUGGGUUCAUAGCCAUAAAGAUGGUUUUGGCAUAGAUGGGUGGUUGUCCCCAUUCACCAUCAUGAAGGCUAGAAGAAGAAUGGGAUCCUGCCCCCAAAGUAUUGCUCUUUAAAAUGUGCAGUGCCAAACCUAGGAGGUGACUUCAUGAAGGAGAGGCUUUAAAGGAGUCUUUGCUUGUCGCAGUAUGCCCUUUCUGAAGGAAAAUCAAAGACGUUUCAAGUGGGAGUUCUGAGAUACUAAAAGUCAGCCUAGCUGGCUGCCAACUGGGAUGAAUUGGUGGAAGCACAAACAGAUGUAGGCAGACCGAUCUGUUCCUGGUAGCAGUUGUGAGCUAAGAAUUAGGUCCUGGGCCAAGAGGCCUGGAAAAUAUGGAAAAUGAUGUGCUUGCCAGCCCUAUGAGCUGCUAUUCUUUUCUUUAUCGAGUGCCUGUGUCUGCCUGCUUGACUCCACAUCAGAGUAAAACGAUCUUCUGUGUAGCCCAGCAAGAGGCUUCUUGUUGGCAAAGGACUGAUGUGGGGAAAUUCUCUCAAGUUUGGUGCUUUUCUGAGGUAGAAGAGAGACGGGAGGGAGGUCUUGAAAGCUGAACUCUGUGUUAAAGAGGCGCUUGAUAUCUUGUACAAAAUAAGCAGACUUUUGAAGUAACUACUUAUGCAGCACAAUAAUCCUUUUCUGGAUAUUUUGGAUUGCAUAGCAAUUCCUCGUGCAAUAUGUCAGUUCAGGUUGAUUAUGCUUUUCUUAGGAAGCUGAAGCAGUGAAUACUUUAGCUUUUUUGGCAGGCCUGCUCUGAAAGGGCUGUAUGAAAGAUGUUUCAUGGUGUAUCCUUGAAGGUCAACCUACUUACUGAUCUGUUCCUUUGCAAUAAUGCUGUACCAUAAUGGGGCAGGCUGAAAAAAAAUGAAAUAAAAUGUCAUACUUGGAAUGUGUCUAGGUAAAAUUCUGCCUCUUCCUGGGGAAUGCGAGCUGGGUUGGCUAGACCAAACCAUUUUCGGUCUGCUGCCUGCUUCAAGUCUUCCCAUCUUGACUUUCACAACUCAUCCUGGCUGAGAAGGGCUGAAUGCUUGCUUCUGAGAGGUCCAAUGCUAUGUAAAUAGGGAGUUCUCCUGAAAUACAUUCAAUGACUCUUGAAGACAUUUCCUCCUCUACGUACUGGUGAAUUCCUCCCUGCUCCAAGAUGAAUGUGGCCUCGGUGCCAAAAGCAAGGAGCUUCAUUGAGUUUUCCCGUCUUCCACUUGAAGAGGAUGCUUCUAGACUCUCCUUGGGGAGCAUUUCAAUAGUUCACAUUUAAAAGGGUUUGCACUAAAGUAGCACGGCUGACUGGCUAGCAGCACUUUUUUGGCUGAUGGGAAACUUAAGCAUUAGAAGAACUGCCUCUUUACAAAGUUAAACUGUUUAAAGGCAAAAACAAAACCUUCCCCUAUAACCAAGGGCUUGCUGGAGGGGUUUUUAAUGCAUUUUUGUGGCAUGGGGAUGGGUGUGUGUGGGGUGCAUUUCUUACAAAUGGAGGCUGCGUCAGACAUAUGCUGUGAUCAUGCUGUUUUCUUGUAUGUGUGAGGGUAGCCUAAAUAUUUGAAGAGGUUGACACUUUGAAUGGCACUUCUAGACUUGUGUUUGAAUGUGUUCGGCAGCAAUCAGACCUGUCAUGCAGUAGGCCUGACAUAAGACUUGCUAGAUUCUUUAGAAUCUGUCACCUUAAAUAAAUACAAUGUAUUGAAUUUUGUUGGAUUCUUCUUACUUGACCACAUGAAGAUACUGCAGUUCUUGUUUCUCAGUCACUAGCCUUCCCUUUGACCCCUCUAACCCCUCUCCUCUGAAACAAGACCGAUGUGGGCAGAAUUGGAGCCAAGCACAAUGACGACUCCCCAGUUACUAGCCCUCCUUCUGCUUUACCAAUGGCUUUCCUCAGGCACUUCAAAUUAGAGCUGCGAAGGGGAGCACACAGGCAAUCUCUAGCACAGCCUUCCCUAGCGUGGCAUCUUCACAUACCUUGGUAUGCAUUUCCUGUCAUCCCUAAGAAUUGGUCAUGAUGAUGGGGGCUGUAGGCAACACCUCUGGAGAGUACCAUGUUGGGAAGGCUGGUUUAGUAUCAGGUACCAACUCAGGCAUGCUACCACAAGCCCGUGGGCAGAGGUCAGCUCUGAGCUUCAGCAACAAGGGACAAAGCAUUAGCACUGUAUAGUCAUACCAUGUUGGUGAAGGGACAGCAUAACCCUCGCCAAUUCUUCCUUCAUGUAGAACAGUGUUUCAGCAUGCAUUGAGCCCCCCCCCCAGUACUAAAAGUUUCAGGGGGAAAGCAAUACAGACCACCUCCAUGGGGGUGCAGGGCUUCUUUGUAAUGGAAGUUGAGGCAUGUUGGAGUAAGCAUCUUCUAAAGUGGAAACAGAACUUGAUACAAGUGGAAGAAUUCACUAAAAAUCCUGAUCAGGAACUAAAUUACCUGAGGGUAGAGGUGCUAUAUCUGUAUGUGAGUGUUGCAUAAAGAGAGAAUUGAGCUAAUGUGCUGUUUUUAACAUGGGCUUUAAAUUGCAGUCUGUUCUGGAGGGGAGGGGAGAAAAUAGAAGGAUUUUGAAGAACCCCAAGUUUAGCAUCCUUCAUGUGGCCCCCUACCCCAUGUGAUUCUGUCUUAAUUUUUCUGUUAGCAUUCACAUUAGCAAGGCCCAAAACAGUACAGAAAGUUACCUUCUGGUGUGACAGUGAAUUUGGCCUAUAUGCAAAGUAUACGGUAGUUCAUGUCCUACCAAGGUCUAGCUCUCUUGUGCCAUUCCAAUAGCAUGAUCUCUCCUGUCUCAGUCCAUUGCGUACUGCAGUUGGCAGUUGUCUCUGAAUCUGAUCAGAGCAGCACAAAACACCUGAUGUGGUUGGCUUUUUCCAUUGUUGGAGCAGAUCAGGCUAAACAAAAGGAUGCUAGUGGAAAACACCAGUUGUGAUCUGAAAGGGGCUUUCAAUGUUUGGGUGUUUGAGCUCUUUUAAAAUACCAAAUAAAAAUCUAUUUUCUCAAAA